GUACUAAAUGACUUUGAUUCCUUUAUUUACACGAAAUUGUUGACAAAAGAUAGAAUAAAUGGAAUCCGUUAAUAUUUCAAGAUAUUUCUUAGUUUUAGAAUCUCUGGAAUUCACUUAUGAUGAUGGUGGAGGCGACAAUGGUGUGAAAUUAGAAGUUACCCAUAAGAAACAAUGCUUGGAACGAAACAUUGCUCUACUGCAGAAGUUUAUGCCAGAGCAGUCAAACUUGUUAAUAGAGAAAACCGUGAGUAUACUUAAUGCCACAUGGCUGGAAAAUGAACUGCAACCACAUCCCUUCAGUGUCGCCAACGAAGAUAGGGAGUUAAUUUAUGUUGUUUACAUGCAAUAUAUGCUGCUUCAAAUUUUGAAUGGUGUUAACUUUAAUAGCGAAGCCAAGGAAGAUCUUAUAUCAACGCGUCAUAUCAGCCACUGCAUUGAAGCGGUACAAGAUUUAUCCGUAUAUGCGCUGCGUCAACAAUUGCACCCUUCAUUCUAUGAAGCGAAAGUUUUUAAAACUGAAAGCGCCACGAAACUUAGCUGCAACAGUUACGCAUCACUCACUUUGUCCAUAGAGGUAUUUGAACACAUUUUGAAAAUCAAGCAAUUCCACAUGGCAAAUGCGAUGGAGUUGGUAAUCCGUGAUUAUAUGGCCGCAAUAUUCAGUUUACGUUUAGCAAGCAUCAGUCAAGAGUUCGCGCUACAAGAACAAACCCUCAGGGAGAUGCAAAACAAACUGAAUUACAUUUGGUUACAUGUGACCAAAGUGGAAUAUUUACGUAAUAUUAUGUUGUUGAAAAGUAUAUCACGCGCGCCAACUGAUUUUCAAAAGCAACUGCAUCAAGAGAUGCUGCAAAAGUUGCUGUCUAAAGAUGGAUUCACAACGUUAGUAGCUACUUUAUAUACGACGCAGAGCACACAUUGCAGUGACGCUGAUGCGAAUAGAACUUUACUUAGUGAUAAACAAGUUUUCGAGAUUAUCGCCAAUAUUGUCGCUUUUCGCGGACACACGCAACGUGCACAAAGCAAUCUGAUAAGACAAGUCUUCAAAUUUCUUGAUACUUGUUUACUAAACCAAAGUGCCAUGAUUGAUUGUAUGGGCGCUGGACUAUUGUCACUUCGGCGCCUUUAUGACCUAAGCGAGUUAAAUCGGUCUCAGAUAAGGGAUACUAUUGCAAGUAAUCUAUCUAAAUUAGGCCAGCCGACGGAUGUGCUUAGUGGUGUGAUUGUGUUGGAGCACAAUGAACUAUCACUGCUUAUUGCCGCAACAUAUCAGCUAUUCUGCAGCUCAACAGUAGAAUGCCUGCCUAGUGAACUAUUGAUUCCCUAUCAACCGCUGCUGUUACAAAUGUACCAUCAUAUGCCUGACGGAUUUUUGCAAAAGAAACAACUUGCGAGCAUUGUAACGCGUUGCCUACACAAUCGUACGCCUACCGAACUGCCUGAUAUCAUCAUAAAACUAUACAAGCAAACAUUUGAUAGUGAUUGGCAGCAGCUGCAUCCACGCAUAAUCAUCUAUCCCAACGAGGAACAAACGCAGCUCACUGUAAAAAUAGUCAGCAACGAAAGCCAACAAGACUUUAGUGCCUCGCUGGCACUGCCAGAGCUUUUAAUGAAUAGUGACCACCACCAACUCACUUAUAGAAUAUUCAUGAUAUUAUUAAAACAAAUGUCCAACAUUUUAGAUGACGAUGAACUCGCGCACCAUGAAUCCCAAAUCGAGUUGCUACAAACUGAGGAGGAAUUAAUUACAUUUCUAAAUUCCAAAUACCCUGUUAAGGUGGAAAUUCUACUCUCACUGAAUACCUUAAUUUCCCAUCAACCGCUUAAAGCGCAAAUUUCCGAAAACACCGCCGAUUUUCUAGGUUUUCUACGCACGUUGCUCCAACAACGUUUAACAAAGCGUAACCUGACAAAUCCAAGUGCCCAGCAAACCGAAGCUAUGGAUCAAACUUUACUUAUAUUAUUGACGCUCACUCAGGAAUUACUCGAACAAACGCAAAUUCCCGAAACAUAUCGUGACCUGGUGCCUGCGUUGCGACAACUGCAAGCGCAAACGCCCAACCUGCUUAUACAGGAGCGUGUCAAAUGUUUGCUCACUUUGCUUAGUGGUGAAUUUAAGGCGAAUGCGGCACAGCAAUCGAGCGCAUUUCAUACUGCUCGUGCCCUCGUCGAAUCGCAGGAGUCGCACAUACAAGUUUACGGCAUACAGAUGCUGCUGGAUUUAUUGCGUCAGCGUGACAGUGUAACGCUCGCCAAUACACAUCUGCUGAUGGCGCUGGCGUUGAGCACGCUCAAAAAUCGGGAAUCGUACACAUUUUUGAAUUGUGUGCGCUUGUUUUGCGGUGUGGUGCCGCUGAUGGAAGCCGAAGUGCUCGAGACCUUGGCCGAUGAAUAUCUUAGCGACAAUUCGCCCAUUGACUACCGGUUGGUGGUGGGUGAGGCGAUACUGAAAGUGGGCCAGCAAUUAGGUCCGCUUUGCUAUAAAUACAAAGAUACUUUGGUGAACUGCUUUAUGCAUGGCGCGCGUAGUCCGCUAAACGAAUUCCGCAUGUCGGCCUUUUCAAAUCUUGCACAGUUGACGCGCAUACUUUGCUACCAAGUGCAAAAGUUCUUCCAAGAGCUACUCAACCUCAUCGAUUGUGAGCUCAGCACUGGUAAAUAUUUACCUGCCAAGCGUGCGGCUAUCUUAGUGUUGAGCGAACUCUUGGAAGGAAUCGAUAAUUUAAUGGAAUUCGAAGAAAUGCUGUUGCCUAUUUAUCGCGCGCUCAAAGUCAUCGAAUCUGACGAGAAUGCUGAUGCCAAGAUGCGUACCCAUGCCGCGAAUGGCCUAAAAACGUUAGCAGAAAAAUGCAAGAAGUUGCUAUUUCCAGAAGCACCGCUGCAAAAGGAGAUACGCAUAUUCAACAUAAAUGAACCGAAAACAAAUCGUGGUAAUAAAAAAAUAUCUAUUUUAGAGUUAAACUAGCUGU